UAAAAAUAUCACAUGAAUACAAUACUGUAUUAGCCUAGAAAACAUAAGUAAGGAACCCGACGAUCAGUUGUGGUCAUGGAAAACGGUGCCUUAAAAUAUGGGAGCAACAACAACAAUAACGAGAUCGCGGAGGAGAAGGUGGUACUGUCACUGGGUACCGCAGCAGGCCACAAGGGAACUACUCAGCCUUCUCCUCCCUGUACUAUCCUUCACCAUUCUCCUUAUAAGGCCGCUUGGGAUUGGUUGAUCCUAAUAUUGGUCAUCUACACUGCAAUAUUUACUCCAUACGUCGCCGCGUUUCAACUCAAUGAGCCUGAUUUCGAUAAGCGCUCGCGGAGCUUUGGCGAGGAUCCCAUUGUCAUUAUUGAUAUGAUCGUGGACGUGACCUUCAUAAUCGACAUUUUGAUAAAUUUUCGCACGACGUAUGUGAACGCGGCCGACGAAGUGGAAUCCGAUCCGGCCAAGAUCGCCAUGCACUACCUUCGCGGCUGGUUCCUCAUCGACCUUGUGGCUGCCAUCCCCUUCGAUCUGUUGCUCUUCGGCACCGACACCGACGAAACGACGACGCUCAUCGGUCUGCUGAAGACAGCGCGCCUGCUGCGGCUAGUGCGGGUGGCUCGCAAAAUUGACCGGUACUCCGAAUAUGGCACUGCCGUCCUUCUCCUGCUUAUGGCCACUUUUGUGCUCAUUGCGCACUGGCUAGCCUGUUUGUGGUACGCUAUAGGCAGCUGGGAGCGUCCUCAGCUUCACGCUCCUAUUGGCUGGCUGGAUGCUCUCGCUAACGAUGUUCAAGCUACAUACGACAAUUCUACUGGACCGUCUAUGAGAUCUCGGUACAUCACCGCUCUGUACUUCACUUGUACAUCUCUGACGAGUGUCGGGUUUGGGAACGUCGCUCCAAACACUGACAUGGAAAAGGGCUUCACAAUAUUCGUGAUGCUGGUUGGAUCUCUCAUGUACGCUAGCAUAUUUGGAAACGUAUCAGCGAUUAUACAGAGAUUGUACUCAGGGACUGCUAGAUAUCAUACACAGAUAUUAAGAGUGAGAGAAUUCAUUCGAUUCCAUCAGAUCGCGAAUCCACUCCGGCAGAGGUUAGAAGAGUACUUUCAACACGCGUGGAGCUACACGAACGGCAUCGACACGUCGAGCCUAUUGAAAGGAUUCCCGGAGUGCCUUCAAGCAGACAUUUGCUUGCACCUUAACCGCAACCUACUCGCCAAUUGUUCCGCCUUCGACGGUGCUAGUCCCGGUUGCCUAAGAGCACUGUCCCUGAGGUUUAAAACUACGCACGCCCCUCCAGGCGAAACAUUAGUUCACCGGGGUGAUGUCCUCACCUCUCUCUAUUUCAUUUCAAGAGGAUCUAUAGAAAUUUUAAAAGAUGACAUCGUUAUGGCUAUUUUAGGCAAGGACGACAUUUUCGGCGAGAACCCGUGCGUGUACCCGACCGUGGGGCGCAGCAACUGCCGCGUGCGCGCGCUCACCUACUGCGACCUGCACCGCGUGCACCGCGACGACCUGCUCGACGUGCUCGACUUUUACCCCGAGUUCCGCGCCUCCUUCGUCACCAACCUCGACAUAUCCUACAUCAUGCGUGACGAAGAGCUGGGCGGCAUCGAGCCGCGGCGGCGCAUGCGCUACGAGAACCCGUGCGACGCGCGGCUGCUGCGCGAGGCGUACGCGCGCACCACGCGCCGCCCGCACACCGAGACCUUCGCCGAAAAGGUGGACUCGCAAUGCAGCGACGACGACACGGAGUCGCCACCCAGCCGCGGCAUCCUGGAGUUCUCGGCGGAGAAGGCGGGCCAGGACGUCACGCCGCUCAACUUCAACUUCUCCAAGCAGCGCUCCACCACGCUCAACUCCAUCACGGGCAUGCUAGCGCAACUUAAACGGAGCUUCCCAGACCUGUACCACCAUAAAACACAUCAGCCGCUGCACAACAAGUACUCCCAAUCUACGCCUCAAACUUAUAGAAGUAGAGCCGGUGUCAGGCGGCAGUCGUCAGUGGGGCCACUGAACGAUACCUCGCCGCUGACUGGUGGGGCGGGGGCAGGAGCGGGCGCGGGCGCGGGCGAGGCGGCGGUGAGCACGCCCGCGCACAGCGCCACGCUGCCCGUCUCCAGUCUCAGUACGAACCCGAGCUCGUACUACACGAACGCGUCGCCCAGCCCGCCUGCCGUGCCCGCGCCGCCGGCGCCCGUCCACAUCUCCUGCGACGACAUCCUCACGCCGGCGGCGCCACCGCCCACUGCGCCCACGCCCUCGUCUAGAUCUGCGCCUCAUUCCGCCCUUAACUUGCAUCAAGCCGGACGCCCUACAGCGCUCAUCUUCACAGCCGAACGCCAAAACGCCUCUUUACAGGAUAGUAUUUCCCCUCAAUAUCAAAACGUGGGGACGGCGGCCUCGGCCGCGUCGGUGGCGACGGUUCUAACAAGACUGGAAGAACUGAGUCGCCGAGUGGCAACACUAGAAAGCGGGCUCACCGCUGACGUGCGACGGAUUUUGCACUUGCUGCAGACACGCGACCAACCGCCACAUCAGAACUCGGUGCACACUCCAUCGCAACCGAUUCAAAAGACCUCAUUGUCCGUGCCACAUGAUAAUCAGUGGGAUUGGAAUUGGAACGGUGACCGCGAGAAAGGUAGCUUACGGUGCGGGCGUGGUGAGCGCAGCGGGCGUGGCGAGCGCGAGCGGACGCCGGUGGUGCAGCGGUCGGCGUCCGAGCCGCACGCGCCCGUGCCGCCGGUGCUGCCGCCACCCCCGCACUCGCACUCCUUCUAUAGGUAGUGGGAG